AUACAGAUAUUUAUACACAUACAGAUGAAUAAAUGAAUCUACAGUAUAUAAUAAUAUAUCUAAAAAUCUUUGAUAUAGGAAAUGUGAUUAUUUAUUCUUUACAUAUAACAGAUGGCGAGGGUUCGAAAGUACCAGUUUCAGCUGUGCUUUCCGUGGUCGAUUUGGGCACAUGUCAAGCCAAGUAUGACCGCCUGAAUCACAAAGUCACCCUCACGGACUCGCAGAUAUGUGCAGGCAGCGAAAGAGACUCCUGUGGCGGUGACGGCGGCGGGCCUCUCAACUACUUCGACGUCAACACCCGCAGGUUCUACGUCGUUGGCAUAGUCUCGCUCGGCGUCGGGUGCGGCAACACAGACUUCCCCGGAAUCUACACACGAGUGGGCGCCUACCUCCGUUGGAUCAAAACAAUAUAGAGUGAGAAACUCUCCGACGCAGCAAUGAUUGUUGCUGGUUGUUCUGUUGCUGAAUUUAUGUCAGAUUUUUAGAACCUGGAAUUCGAGGAGUUUUUCAUAAAUGACUUUUUUUCUGAUUAUUCAACGUAGUCUAUUCUUUUACCUUAUUCCCGACACAAUAUCCUGUUUUUGAAUGGCAAAAAUGUUCUGCAUAUAAAGACAGAUAAAGGAAAUUCACUUUAGGUAGUUAAUAAUAAAUCAUGAAAAAUCCGU